GCAUAUAACCACAUAAAGCCCCUCCCGCUAUCCCGUAGAGUUCGAUUUUCGCUUCCGGGCAUACUGCUGGACACAUUCUCCCAUUUACAAGAACAACCCAAUAGAACAUCUGGUGUCCCAAGGAAAGCCCGUGCCGUUUGCAUACAAUAGCCAUGGCCCCAGACACGGGAUUCAUCCAAGUGCUACAAUACGUGAAGCGCAACCCAAAGCUCACGAGAGAAGAGUUCUGGGACCAGUGGCAGACCGUCCACGCCCCCAAGUUCAUCCCAUUCGCAGAGGGUUCCGGCAUCAGACGGUACCAACAGGUCCGCGCCUCGGGCAAGGUGAUCCCAUCAUGGAGCCCCGAGCUCGCCCCGCCCAACGCCCCCGCCUCGUCCGAGCCGGUCGAGUUCGACGGCAUCAUCAUGAUCCUGGUCCCCUCGCUCGAGGUGUUCAAGAAGGCCUUCAAGAACCCCUACGUCGCACAGGUCCUGGCGCCAGACUCGGCACAGCUGCUGGACACUGAUGCGCCGGGUGGCGGCAUCGUCGCCGCGCUGCACGGAACCAUGCUCGCCUGCGUCAACGACGGCGCCAGCGUCCCCGGCGUGACCACCAAGCCCGACGAGGUCAAGAAGUGGCGGCGCCAGUUUGAGGAGCUCAGCGGGCGGAUCGAGGGGCUGCACUCGCGGUCGCACCCUGAGCCGGACAUGGGAUAAAUCAUUCUUAGUGGUGGUAUAUUGACAUCGGGGCAUGCACGGAUGUCUUUUAUUUGUAGCUUUUGUGGAUAGCAGCGUAUUUGGCAACGGCGUUGCAAGCUAGCUAUACUGUGCGCUUUGGUCUGGACAUUUAAUAUCUCACCUCGCUGCGGCGAAAGAAGAGAAACCUUUGGAUUGAA